UUUGGUAUAAAAAUAAUGUCAUCAAAAUGAAUUUUUACACUUCAAGUUAAGACCCACAAUGAUAUCAAUUCCCAAUUCAUACAUUUCAGUUUUGAUAAAUUUCAUUGUGCAAACGUACCAUUAUGAUGCAACUAGUUUGUGUGUGGUUUUCAAUGAAAACUUUCCAUUUACCUUGCAUCAAACGGAAGCAGACAAUUAUGUUGCAAUUAGAAGUCUUUAUAGGCCCACAUUGAAUGAGACGAAGAAAAUACCAUUUGAUCAAUUGGAUGUUUUAUCGAAAUUUGAAGGAAAACUGGUAGAAUCGAUUGAGUACACUCAUUGUGAGAGUUUUAUUGCUUUUGAAGAAGAAAUUAUGAUAUUUGUCGGAUCUUUUAUGAAAUCUGUGCUUCACUCGAAAUGGCGUUCGUUGAAAAAUAGAUUUCUAUUUGUUUACACUGAAGGGAGAUUUGAUGAAAAUUCUGCAGAAUUUGAUCAACCAUUUUUUCAAGAUUUGACCAAUAUUCUUCUUAUAGAAAUUUCUAAGAAUGGAACAGUUUUUGAUUUGAAAACUACCAAAUUUGUGGGAAGUCGUAAAAAUCAUCCAGAAGAAUUAGUGUUUUUGGAUAGAUACUACGGGAAAACAAACACUUUUGAAUUCAACAAUAAUUUGUAUCCUGACAAAGUUAGGGAUCUACAAGGUCGUGAAUUGAUUUCGGCUGUUUUUCCGUAUGAACCAUUUGCAAUUUUAAGAAACGCUACGGAGAAAAAUCACUUUAUAGAUGUUAAAGAUGGAAAUGAAGAUCCAUCGAAAAGUCAUCUCUAUGAUGGAACUGAUGCUCAAAUUUUGUUUCAACUUUGUCGCUUAUAUAAUUGUACAAUUCAAGUGGAUACAAGCGAAGAAGAAGAAUGGGGUUUUGUAUAUGAAAACUAUACAGCUGAUGGUGUUUUAGGACUUGUUUUCAAUAGAAAAGCUGAUAUUGGUAUGAUGGCUAUGUAUAUGUGGUAUGACAAUUACCUGCAUUUAGACAUGUCCAGCGUUUUAUCAAGAUCUGGGGUAACUUGUCUAGUCCCGAAACCAAGACGAGUCAUCAGUUGGUUGCUACCUUUGGAACCAUUUCAUUGGCUUCUUUGGAUUGGAAUUGUUGGAUGUUUGAUAUUGGAAACAAUUGGUCUUUUAGUGACUUAUUGGGCUGAUAAGACAGAAAAUCCAACACUUUCAGAUUCUGCAAGAUUUGGUUAUGUCACCAGUCUCAAAUUAUUUGUUUCCCAAGGAUCCGAUUACUUACCAUCAUCAGUUUCAGUAAGGAUUGUGCUGUUCUCGUGUUAUAUGAUUGAUAUCAUCAUAACGAGUAUAUACAGUGGGGGACUAGCGAGUAUUCUAACUAUUCCUACUUUAGAGGAAGUUGCUGAUAGUGUUGAACGCUUAGCAAAGUUCAAACUUAUUUGGACUGCAACUGCAUACAAUUGGAUUCUUACCAUUAACGGAUCCGAUAUGGAAUUAAUGAAUAAAGUUUUGGAAAACUUUCGAGUCUAUACUGCUGAAGAAAUCAAGUCAAAUCGAGAAAUAGCCAAGUCAGUUGGAUUUGUUAUUGAAAGACUUGAUUUCGGACACUUUGCUAUACCUGAUCAUUUGGAUCAAGAAAUUAUUGAUGAUCGUAAAUUAAUGGUCGAUGAUAUUUAUUAUCAAUAUUGUGUGGCUUUUGUACCAAGAUCAUGGGCACUUUUGGAAAAAUUUAACGAUGUCAUAUUGAUGAUGCAUUCAAGUGGCUUAACACAAUAUCUUGAAUGGAAGGUUACUGCUGAUCAUAUGAAUGAAAACUUACAAAAACAAAUUGAAUCAUCAGCACGACCAUCUUCAGAUGGUGUUGGCCCAGUUAAAUUAGGAAUGGAAAAUUUUGCUGGAAUAAUAAUUAUUUUGAUAGUUGGAAUUUUUAUAAGUACAAUGGCUUUUGUUGGAGAAAUUGUACACUUUCGAUAUUAUAACAAGCAAAACAUAAUUUCACUUUAAAAGGAAUAAUUGUUAACUAACAAUUUUCAAAAAAUUACAAAUUCUUUCGGAACUAAGGGUUUUUACAAACCAAAAAAUUUGAAAAACAAAUUUUAAAAUACACAUUCAAAUCUUACAAAACUACAAUAUUUUACAUGCAAUUUGGAUGCAAUGCAAAUGUUGGUUAAGCUGUUAAGCUGAUUUUUGCUUUCUUCUUAAAAUCAUGCAAUUCAAAUGUUCCUUAAUAGUUGUUGUUUAUAAUUAUAACGAUUCCUGCAUAAAAUA